CUGCUGCUGCUGCUGCCGCCCGCCGAGCCCCUCUGCCCGGAGCCGUGCGACUGCCAGCAGCAGCAGCACCUCCUGUGCACGAACCGGGGCCUGCGCGCCGUGCCCAGGACCGCCGAGCCGCACCAUGUCCUCACCUACAGCCUCGGCGGCAACUUCAUCGCCAACAUCUCCGCCGUGGACUUCCAGCGCCUCGCGGCGCUCCAGCGCCUGGACCUGCAGUACAACCGCAUCCGCUCGCUGCACCCCCGGGCCUUCGAGCGCCUGGGCCGCCUGGAGGAGCUCUACCUGGGCAACAACCUGCUGCCGGCGCUGGCGCCCGGCACGCUCAGCGCCCUGGCCAAGCUGCGCAUCCUCUACGUGAACGCCAACGAGAUCGGCCGCCUCAGCGCGGCCUCCUUCUCCGGCCUCGGCAGCCUGGUCAAGCUGCGCCUGGACGGCAAUGAGUUGGGCUCGCUGGGGGACUCCACUUUCUCAGGGCUGCCGAAUUUACUGUACCUGCACCUCGAGUCCAACCGCAUCCGCUGGCUGAGCCGUGGUGCCUUCACCGGCCUGGCCAAACUGCGCUUCCUCGACCUCUCCGGGAACCAGCAGAGCUCCCUUCGGCACCCCGAUAUCUUCGGGCCGCUGCGCUCCCUCCACACGCUGCUGCUGGCCAGCAACAGCCUGCAGCAGCUGGCGGGAGGGCUCUUCCAGCAUCUGCCCGGCCUCGCGAAGCUCUCGCUCAGUGACAACCGGCUGUCCCACCUGGCUCCCGACGCCUUCGUGGGGCUGGGCUUGCUGAAGGAGCUGCGCCUGGAGGGGAACGUGCUGAGCCACCUGCCCGCYGCGCUGCUGGAGCCGCUGAGCAGCCUGGAGGCGCUGGAUCUGAGCCGCAACGCGCUGACCGCGCUKCACCCUGCCGCCUUCGGGCAGCUCGCCCGCUUGCGGGAGCUCAGCCUGCGGGACAACGCGCUGGCCACGCUGCCCGGCGAGCUCUUCGCCUCCAGCCCGGCCCUCUACCGCCUGGAGCUGGAGGGCAACGCGUGGAGCUGCGACUGCCGCCUGCGGGGGCUCAAGCACUGGCUGGGCGCCUGGCACUCCCAGGGCCGCCUGCUCACCGUCUUCGUGCAGUGCCACCUGCCGCCCGCCCUCACCGGCAAGUACCUCGACUACCUGCAAGACGCCCAGCUGCUGCCGCCGCCCGACGGCAGCGCCUGCCACCACAGCGCCUCCCUCUUCCCUGCGUCCCCUCUCCCGCCGGCGCAGGAGCAGCUCUGGCUGCCGCCGGCCGCCGAGGGCCUUGACGGCAACAGCAGCGGUGGCCUCGUGCCGCCACGUGGGCCGCCGGGGGCUCCGCCAUCCGCCUCCACCRCGCGCUUGCUGGGGGCGCCUGAUGGGGUUGUGGCACCGGUGGGCGCCAGCCCCACGCCGCCGAUAGCYGCCGGCGCGGCGGGCUCGCAGGCAGCGCCGCCCGGCGUGACGUGGCCCCGGCGCGCCGGCAAGGCCCGCGCGGCCGGGCUGCUGCCGCUCGUGUCCGACCCGUGUGACUUCAACAAGCGCUUCCUGUGCAACCUCUCGGUGGAGGCGGUGAGCUCCAGCUCGGUGACSGUGCGCUGGGCUGUGCGGCCGCACCGCAGCCCCCGCCUGCUGGGCCCGGCGCGCUUCCGCCUCCUCUUCGACCGCUUCGGCGCCGCCGUCAAGUUCCAGCGCUUCGUCUACCUGCCGGAGCGCAGCGAGCCGGCAGCCACGCUGCGCGAGCUGCGCCCGGACACGCCGUACCUCGUGUGCGUCGAGGGCGUCCUGGGCGGGCGCGUGUGCCCCGUGGCGCCGCGGGACCACUGCGCGGGGCUCGUCACCCUGCCCGAGGGCGGCACGGCGGCGGCAGCGGCAGGCGGGCCCCGCGGGCCGGACCAGCAGCUCCUCACGCUGGUGCUGCUGGCGGUGAACGCGCUGCUGCUCCUCGUGGCCGUGGCGGCGUGGGCCUCCCGCCUGGUGCGCAAGAAGGUGCUGGGGCGGCGGAAAGCGGCGCCCGUGCACGUGCGGCAGCUCUACUCCACGCGCCGGCCGCUGCGCUCCAUGGGCACCGGCGUCUCCGCCGACUUCUCAGGCUUCCAGUCGCAGCGGCCGCCCCGCGGCGCCGUGUGCGCCCUCAGCGAGGCCGACCUCAUCGAGUUCCCCUGCGAGCGCUUCGUGGACAGCGGCGGYGGCGCCCGCCACGGCGACGAGCACCUGCUGCAGCGCUUCGCCGACUGAGAUGGG